GAAAAUCAGAUGUCUCAGUUGUCUAUUUGCAUCGCCGAAAAGCUUGCUACUUUACCAUCUACACCCUAUAAACCUUACCUGUUCAGAAUAAACGAUGCACUACGUAGAGAGAACAGUGAAGCAUACGAACCAGAAAUAGUAGCAAUUGGUCCUUAUCACCGCGGCAAAGUUAAGCUACAAAUGAUGGAAGAACACAAACUAUUGUACCUGCAAGAGUUGCUUAAACGGAGAAAUGAGUUGAGUGUGGAUAUGUAUGUCAUAGCCAUGCAAGAAUUGGAACAAAAAGCUAGAAAGUGUUAUGCUGAACCCAUUAAAAUGAACAGGGAUGAGUUUGUGGAAAUGAUGCUACUUGAUGGGUCCUUUAUAAUCGAGUUAUUUCGCAAGUUCUCUUGUGAAGAACAGGAACAGAUAGAUGACCCUAUUUUUCAAGCAAGUGUCAUUUGGUUGAAUAUACGCCGUGAUCUUUUGUUAUUUGAGAAUCAACUUCCAUUCUUUGUCCUCUCCAAGUUAUUUGACAUGAGCAAAGAUUCAAACCAAGGAGGCCCACAAGAGAAUAUUUUAGUCUUAGCUCUCAAAUUUUUACUUCAAGCCAUUCCAGAUAUCUCGUAUUUCCAAAUGCCUGAAACUCCAGAGAUCAAUGACAAUCAUCUUCUGAGCCUUGUACAUGCUAUCUGGUGUUCUAGAUUUGCUACAAUGGUGCCUUCUCGGAUUGAUGCAAACCAAGAAAGGGGAUGGAGUUUUAUAAAAUGUACAACAGGGCUUCGAGAAUCUGGGAUUAAAUUCGUGAAGGCUACAGAUAGUUUUCGUUGUUUGAUAUAA